CGAAAGCCAGACAAAGGGGCUUAGAAUCAGGCUGCCGUUGUUCUCGACGUGUUGUUGUUUUUCCAAAGCUGAAGUUGGCAGUCACUUCUCCGUUGGUUCCAGACCGAUCUCUACUGCAGGUGUUUCAGGAGCCAUGGCAGAUCACAGCAGGUUUUUGCCUCGUCCCUUAUAUCGGCGCGAUGUUCGCUGGGAGCCGUUCUGCGAGGAGACCCUUCCCAGCCGCAUUUACAAACCGGACGCGGGGCUGCCCCCGUUCCUGGAGCCUGGAGAUCUGAGCUGGAUCCAGUGGGCCCAGAGACGACUGGCUGCUUCCGCCUGGCCUGGGUACAUGCCCCCCCCGCUCUUUACCCCCACAUCUCCCUACCCGAGCCCUGGUACCGAGCAGCCGAGGGGGGUCUCCGAGAUCAGAACCGGUCCUGAGAGCUGGAAGAUCAACCUGGAUGUGAGCUGCUUCUCCCCCCGGGAGAUCACCAUCAGGACCAGGGAGGGCUACCUGGAGAUAUCAGGGAACCACGAAGAUAGACAGGAUGAAUAUGGACUUGUCUCAAAAUGUUUUUCAAGAAAAUACAACAGGCUGCCUGCUGGGUCGGACCUGCGGCACAUCCGCUCUGCUCUGUCCGGCGGGGUGCUGUCCGUGGAGGCCCCGCACCCCUCCAUGGCCCAGGAGAUCCCUGUGGAGAUCAUCAUACCUGUGCAGAUAGAGAAGAGGUCUCCGGAGAGCAGAGAAGAGACUAAAGCAGGGGAAACUGUCCCCCCUGUUGUUAGCCAGGAAAAUAGUGUGGGGGCACAAGCAGCUAACGGCUUCCCUGCCGGCAUCCAAGAGAAGAGCAAUGGGCCUCGUGUCACUGCCAUUCCCCUGACUGGCAUCCAAGAGAAUAGGGAAGUACCAAGUGAAGCUGCUACUCCCCCUGCUGGUAACCAAGAGAAUAGCGAAGGGUUAAGCAGUGCUGGUAACCAGGAGACCAAUGGGCUGCUGGAGAAACAGACCGCAGUGAUGGAGAGGGUGAGUUCCAGUCCAGGGGCAGAGCCAGUAGAAGAUAAGCCUGUGGGAGGAGAGGACAACGUGGAAGAGGCCUCUCAGGAGGAGAGAGCACAAGCCAAUCUGGAUGGCGUGGGGCAGGAAGGCCAGGAUCUUUCCCAAACUGCCCCGGAAGGCCUUGCCCAUGAGGCGCAGAGCUCGGCACUGGACAGCGUGCAGUCAGAAGAGAAGAAAGUGGAGGCCCGGUGGACACACCGCGACACCAAGUGGAUGACCCGCAGCACCAAGUGGCCCUCCCAGCAGUACUGAACAGAACCAGUGGUGUGGCCAGUGCCCACUUCCUACACACAGGCCUAUCGAGCCCAAGGCUCAAUAUAGAGAGUGGCUUCGAUAGGCCUGGUACACAGGACACGUCUUUCUGUUGUAAUGUGGCGUAUAACUAACUGCUUUGAGACUCUUGUGUAUCCACGGUUCUGUCAAAAAUAAAAAUUAACAUGUCU